GCGGCGGCGGCGGCGGCGGCGGAAGCGGCGGGGCCGCGGGCGUCCGGCUCGGAGGAGGCUGAGGCGGCGGUGGCUCCGCGCGGGGCUCGGCCGGGAGCGAGCGAGGGUCGCGGCGCGGGCUCCGCCGGCCGCCCGGACGCCCGGGCCGCGGAGUUUGGGUCCCGGCUCGGACCCCGGCGCCCAGCCCGGAGCCGUAACCUUGAGGCGGCGGCGGGGCCGGGCCGGGCCGGGCCGGGGGGCGGCGGCGCUGGAUCCGCGGCGGCCCGAGCGGCGGCGGGAGAUGUCGAACCCCGGGACGCGCAGGAAUGGCUCCAGCAUCAAGAUCCGCCUGACAGUGUUGUGUGCCAAGAACCUUGCGAAGAAAGACUUCUUCAGGCUCCCGGACCCUUUCGCAAAGAUCGUGGUGGACGGAUCUGGGCAGUGCCACUCGACAGACACUGUGAAAAACACAUUGGACCCGAAGUGGAACCAGCACUACGAUCUAUACGUUGGGAAAACUGAUUCUAUAACCAUCAGCGUGUGGAACCACAAGAAAAUUCACAAGAAGCAGGGAGCUGGCUUCCUGGGCUGCGUGCGGCUGCUGUCCAACGCCAUCAGCAGGUUGAAGGACACCGGAUACCAGCGUUUGGAUCUAUGCAAACUAAAUCCCUCAGAUACUGAUGCAGUUCGUGGCCAAAUAGUGGUCAGUUUACAGACGCGCGACAGGCUGGGCGCCGGAGGCUCCGUGGUGGACUGCCGUGGACUCCUGGAGGAUGAAGGGACCGUGUGUGAGGACUCGGGCCCGGGCCGGCCGCUCAGCUGCUUCCUGGAGGAGCCGGCGCCCUACACAGACGGGCCUGGGGCCGCGGCCGGCGCGGGGGGCUGCAGGCUCGUGGGAUCCCCCAGUCAGGACCAGAGACUGCUGACCCAGCGGCUGCGGAAUCCUGAGGUCCGGGGGUCCCUCCAGACGCCUCAGAACCGGCCACAUGGUCACCAGUCGCCAGAACUGCCUGAAGGCUAUGAGCAGAGAACCACGGUGCAGGGCCAGGUCUACUUCCUGCACACGCAGACGGGCGUGAGCACGUGGCACGACCCCCGGAUCCCCAGGGACCUGAACAGCGUCAACUGCGCCGAGCUGGGGCCACUGCCGCCGGGCUGGGAGGUCCGGAGCACCGUGUCCGGGCGCAUCUACUUCGUGGACCACAAUAACCGGACCACGCAGUUCACAGACCCACGCCUGCACCACAUCAUGAAUCACCAGUGCCAACUCAAGGAGCCCAGCCAGCCGCUGCCGCUGCCCAGCGAGGGCUCCAUGGAGGACGAGGAGCUCCCUGCCCAGCGAUACGAGCGGGAUCUGGUCCAGAAGCUGAAGGUGCUCCGGCACGAGCUCUCGCUGCAGCAGCCCCAGGCCGGCCACUGCCGCAUCGAAGUGUCCAGAGAAGAGAUAUUUGAGGAGUCUUACCGCCAGAUCAUGAAGAUGCGGCCCAAAGACCUGAAGAAGCGGCUCAUGGUCAAGUUCCGUGGCGAGGAGGGCUUAGACUACGGGGGUGUGGCCAGGGAAUGGCUUUAUUUAUUGUGUCAUGAAAUGUUGAACCCAUAUUAUGGCCUCUUCCAAUAUUCAACGGACAAUAUUUACAUGUUGCAAAUCAACCCGGACUCGUCCAUCAACCCCGACCACCUGUCUUACUUCCAUUUCGUGGGUCGGAUCAUGGGCCUGGCGGUGUUCCACGGCCACUACAUCAACGGCGGCUUCACGGUGCCCUUCUACAAGCAGCUCCUGGGGAAGCCCAUCCAGCUCUCGGACCUGGAGUCAGUGGACCCGGAGCUGCACAAGAGCCUCGUGUGGAUCCUGGAGAAUGACAUCACCCCGGUGCUCGACCACACCUUCUGUGUGGAGCAUAACGCCUUCGGGAGAAUUCUCCAGCACGAGCUCAAGCCCAACGGCAGGAACAUCCCGGUCACCGAGGAGAACAAGAAAGAAUAUGUCCGGCUGUAUGUGAACUGGAGGUUCAUGCGGGGCAUCGAGGCCCAGUUCCUGGCGCUGCAGAAGGGCUUCAACGAGCUCAUCCCCCAGCACCUGCUGAAGCCCUUCGACCAGAAGGAGCUGGAGCUGAUCAUCGGGGGCCUGGACAAGAUUGACCUGAAGGACUGGAAGGGCAACACGCGGCUGAAGCACUGCGGCGCCGACAGCGACGUGGUCCGCUGGUUCUGGCAGGCAGUUGAGGCCUUCGACGAGGAGCGGCGGGCGCGGCUGCUGCAGUUCGUCACCGGCUCCACUCGGGUCCCGCUGCAGGGCUUCAAGGCACUGCAAGGCUCUACAGGCGCCGCAGGGCCGCGGCUCUUCACCAUCCACCUGAUCGACGCCAACACGGACAACCUGCCCAAGGCCCACACCUGCUUUAACCGGAUCGACAUCCCGCCCUAUGAGUCCUACGAGAAGCUCUACGAGAAGCUGCUGACGGCCGUGGAGGAGACGUGCGGCUUUGCUGUCGAGUGACGCGGCCACGGGCCACCGCGGAUCCAAGCUCCGUGUCCUCCCCAUGGAGCUGGCUGAGCACUGGGCUUCCGGGAACCUGAGCGGAAGGGCACCGCUCCCCGGGGGCAGUGGGGGGCCGGAGAUGGGCUCGGUGCUCCCACCCCCUUCCAUCACCCUCCACGCGGUGCGGCCAGGGCGAGGGUUGGCUCCGUCUCCGGGAGACGGACGCCGCCUCGGGUCGCAGCCUGCCCCAGGGCUCAGCUUCCUGAGGGUCGGGGCGGGUGUGGGGCUGCCUGUUUACUCAGGGAACAGUCCCCAGGCGCCACCUCCAGGUCAGCAGCUCGCAGGCCUGCUCGAACCACAGCUGUCCAGUCAGACGCUCCUGCCCGUGCCAGCCCGGCAGGAAGCCCGCGCUUCCUCCCCCAGCCGCGCGGGAGCUUGGCCGCCCCCACAGCCCGGGUGUUUCUCUUCAGGAUAUCCCGGGUAGAAAGUCUCCUCGGAGAGUCCCUCUUGCUGCAUCAUCAACCCAGUCACAACGUUUCCCCAGCGAAACCCCCACGAAACGGAGCUUAGACAGACCAAAGCCAGCCCGGGCCCGGGCCCCGACCGGGAGGGCGGGCAGCUCCCUCUGACCUCAGCCGGCCUCGGCACCCUCACUUUGCACAGAAGUCCGAGUAGUACUUUAGCCUGCGUGGCGGCCGAGAGGCUGGGGCUGAGGCCGACCCGCUCCCGCUCACCGUGUCGCCUCCCGCGAGCCAGGCGGCCCGUGUGGUGACAGCCCUGGGAGCCGGGCGGCCGCGCAGAACCUGGAGAGCAGCAGUGCCCAGGCCUCCGGCGCCCCCAAAGAACACGGCAGCGAAGGGCCACGCCCCGGUCUGGUCUGUGCAGCCCGUCACUCCCCUUCUCCGCGCACCCCACCAGCCACCCCUCAGGGACGCCGCAGCCCUGCUCGCCCCCGUGUACCAGGAACUCGGGGGCCUCGGCCGGGGCUGCCCCGCCUUCCUGAAACAUAGUAUGGAUUUACAAAUUCGUUUAUUUUUGUUUCUCAACCACUUUCUAAUGUAUUUUUUAAUUUAUUUUGUAAUGUCUUGUUUUUAAGUGUUGCUGCUAUCCUUGUUAUUCUUCCCACUGUUUUUAUUGCUGAUUUAUUUUGUGAAAGUUGUACACUAAUGUUCUGUUUUUAUGUCAAAAUCAAAAGUAUUUAAAGAAAUACUAGUUCUAUUUAAUGUGGUCAUGGAACCAGCUGGAAACACAAGACAAGCAGUGAUUGGACAGCAGGCUGGACCCAGGGGUCAGGGUCAUUUUGUUACAUAUGCAAUAAACUCACAACUUUA